CCGUAGAAAAAAAGCUGUGUUUGGCUUGGGAGAAAAAUAGUUUUGAUAAUUUCUGUGAGAAAAACACUGUUAGUAUUCCAUUUUUCCAUUUCAUACUCGUAUAAGAGCGAUUAGUUUGUCCCAGGCGUUGCGUUUUUGUUUUAAAUCAACUCUUUCGUGCUUAAAAACGAAUCGAACCGUACCAACAUUUUGGCGCUUUGUUUUGUUGGGUUGAGAGGAAAGAAAACAUCAUAAUAAACGACAACAUGAAACUCGCGCGUAAGGACGAAGUGGUCAACAAUGCGCCCGGCGAUGUUUCCGACGAGGAUGAUGACGAUAUUCAUGAAACUUCCAGCAUGGGAAGUACCUGUACCGACAAUACCUCGAAUGGGAGUGAAAGCCAGAUCAACCGAAAGAAACGGAAACGAUCGAAGAAAAAGUCAACAAAGGUGAUGAAACCGAUCUUUAAAUUUAGUUGCUACGUUAAAGAAGACCACGGCCAGUCACUCUUUGGUUGCCUUUUCAACUACAAUUUGAAGAAUGGAGAGCUACCUACGUUUGCCACGGUCGGAAGCAAUCGUGUUACUAUUUACCAAUGUGAAAAUGAUGGAAAAAUAACACUGAAACAGUGCUACGCUGAUCCGGAUACGGAGGAAGUGUUCUAUACAUGCGCAUGGUCUCACGAUGUGGAAACGGGUAACCCAUUGCUAGCCGCUGGUGGCCUUCGGGGUGUUCUACGCGUGUUCAACACCGCAUCGCUGGAAGGACAUAAAUAUUACAUAGGGCACGGCCAUGCCAUCAAUGAAGUAAAAUUUCAUCCCAAGGAACCAUACCUCCUGAUGUCGGCCAGCAAGGACCACUCUUUGCGGUUGUGGAACACCAAGACGGAUAUAUGCAUUGCGGUGUUCGGUGGCGUCGAGGGUCAUCGUGAUGAGGUGCUAAGCUUUGAUUUCGACAUCCUGGGAACGCGAAUCAUGUCGUGCGGGAUGGACCAUUCGUUGAAGAUGUGGCGUCUCGAUACGGAGACGAUGAAGAAAGCCAUCCAAAACAGCUACACCUUCAACGAGGCGAAAAAUCUUUCGCGUUUCCCAUCGGUGAACGAACAUUUUCCCGUAUUUUCUACGAGGGACAUACACCGGAACUACGUCGAUUGUGUGAGAUGGAUGGGCGAUUUUGUGCUUUCCAAGUCGUGCCAGAACACGAUUGUCUGCUGGAAACCGGGCCGGCUGGAAGAUGUGGAGGUGAAAAAUAACGAAACGAACACCACUGUGAUCACCACGCUCGAGUACAGUGAGUGCAUCAUUUGGUUCGUUCGAUUCUCGUUGGAUUAUUGGCAAAAGUAUCUGGCACUGGGAAACCAAACGGGCCGAAUUUAUAUCUGGGAGCUAGACACCGACGAUCCGGUCCAUCCGCGCUGUAGCACAUUGUUUCAUCCAAAGUGUACUACGCCUAUUCGGCAAACGGCAUUUUCCCGAUCCGGAAACAUACUUAUUUGCGUCUGCGACGAUGGAACCGUUUGGAGAUGGGAUAAGAUCAAUAAUAACUAGUUUUCUUUCACUGUGUAUCGCUGGGCAGGAUAACAGUUUAUUUACGUGAAUCAAAACUCAUUUUUAAUAAAUUCAAUUUAAAGUAA